UUCAUGAUUGGGUUUCGAAAAUUCAAACUGUUGUUCGAUGUGUUAAAUUGUGCUAAAAACAAAGUCUGGGCUAUAAAUAGAAGUUAACAAUGACAAAUACAGCAAAAGAGCAAAUGAAAGACCUUCUAAACGAGUCCAAAAAAUACCGUUUACGAUCGAAGGAAUUGAACUACAGAUUCCCAUCAAAUGAUUCAAUAUACAAAUUACAAGUUGAUACAGAAGAAUUUGUUGCUGAAAUGGACUUUAUAAUACCAUGCGUGGAAUAUUCGAAUAUGAAUAAGAUGUUAGCUCGAUGCAGUUUUGCGCAAGAAAAAAUGAAAGAGGGUAUUUGUUAUUUAAUUGAAUCUCAUUCUGUUUCUCAACGUCAACGAAUACUUCAUCGAUUUUUAAAAAAUGAAGCACUAGAGUAUUCUUUGCAUGAGCCACAAAAAUAUGGUUUGGAUCCGAUGUCUGCAAAGCUUGACAUCACAGGUCCUGAAAAGAUUAACAAACUGAAUACUGUAUUAAAGGAAUUUCCUAGUGAAUGGUACAUGAUUCAAGUCACUGCACAGCACGAUCACCGGAAGUUCAUUUACAAUGAUUUGCAACGAUUACCUGCAAUGCACUCGAUCCACAUUACCGUUCUUCCAACUGGUCAACAAAGAAUUCCUCUGCUAUGUAUAACAGUACCGACACCAAAGUCUCAAUCUACUUACGAUGUUUGUCAAGAGAUUCACGAAAUAUUAGCCAAUUGCAAAUUUGAACUUCAAGCUCCUUAUUCCAGUAAACAAAUUUAUUGGAAAAUGCGACAGCGACAAAAUGAUAGAAUGAAGACAGCAGUGGAUGGGUUAGAAUAUACAUGGCUAAGAGAAUGGAGAAUUCUCUUCAUGGCAGACCCAAUAGAUGAUUUGAAGUCAGUAAAAGAACUUCAAGACAUGGUUGAUCAACUUAUUGCUAAUAAUUCCUUGAUAGGUAUAACCGAAACAUCUCGAUGGUUAUUAAAGAAAAUUGUUACAAGUGCAUGUUUUUUAACAAAAAGAGAAAUCGAAUUAGCAAUAAAACAUGUUUUACCUGGACAUACGAAACUUAUGAAAGAUAUUAUAUUGUUCAUAAAUGAAAAAGCAGAAGAAGUAAAACCACUAUCUUCCGUGAAGAGGAAAACAUUAAUUUUAAUCAUAGAUGAGCAAAUGGAUUACAUUCCUUUUGAAGCAAUGGAAAUAUUAAAAAAUCAUCCAGUAACACGUUUUCCAUCACUACAUAUCGCCCGUGCUCUAUUCAAGGAACAUCGCAAUUAUAUUGAAAAUGGUUGUAGAGUUGUUAAGAAUCUAGGAGACAUCGGAACAUGCAUUGUUAACCCAUCAGGAAAUUUAAUGAACAUGGAGAAACGAAUGAAGGUGUUUAUGAAAUAUUGGUUGCCACGAUGGACAGGUUUAUACAAUGAAGAACCGCAAGAGGACUUUUUUGAAAAGGCCCUCACUAAUCAUGAUGUACUAAUGUAUAAUGGACAUGGCAGCGGCAUACAGUAUUUGUCGGGUGAAAAAAUAGAAAAAUUACGAGUCAGAGCAAUUGUCCUAUUAUUUGGCUGCUCCAGCACAAAAUUAAUACCUAUUGGGGGUCGCUUUCCACCUUAUGGAGUUUCAAACCAGUAUUUAGCUGCUUGCAGUCCUUGCAUUUUAGGAAUGUUGUGGGAGGUGACUGAUAUCGAUGUCGAUAAAAUGACAGCCUCCUUCGUUAGUAAUUGGAUACCGGCUCCACUUAAUGCCCGGCCAUGGACUGACGUAAUUGUCAAUGAAUGGUGCAAUGGAAAUUUGAAAUUCAAAGAUAAAACCGAGGAUAUUGGCUGCCAGUCGGAGGAACCAGAAAUGCUAAGAGCAGUAGCUAAGUCUAAACAAGCUUGCUCGUUUUAUAUGACUGCUGCAGCAGCAGUUGUACGUGGUUUACCUAUCAUACACCAAUAAAAGGUCGAAAUUUACUGUACAUUUAUUGUAAUAUAUUAAAUCAUCUAGAUUCUUACUUUUUAUAAAAGAUUUUCAUACGUUA